UCUCACAACAAGCCCUAAUUCUUAGUUUUGCUUGAACCACCUACGCCUCUUUCUUACUGCUCUCCCAAACCAGAAAGAGAGAAUUUUUCUAAAUCGUCCGCCAUUGGAGAAGAAGAAGAAGAAGAAGAAGAAGAAGAAGAGGAAGAAGAUGAGGCCGAUUCUGAUGAAAGGCCACGAGAGGCCAUUGACGUUCCUCAAGUACAACCGUGAAGGCGAUCUCCUCUUCUCCUGCGCCAAGGACCACACCCCCACCGUUUGGUUCGCCGACAAUGGCGAGCGUCUCGGCACCUACCGCGGCCACAACGGCGCCGUUUGGUCCUGCGACGUCUCCCGCGACUCCAUCCGCCUCAUCACCGGCAGCGCCGACCAGUCCGCCAAGCUCUGGGACGUCCGCACCGGGCACCAGCUCCACACCUUCAACUUCGACUCUCCGGCGAGGUCCGUCGACUUCUCCGUAGGCGAUAAGCUCGCAGUCAUCACCACCGACCCUUUCAUGGGCCACACCUCCGCUAUUCACGUUAAGCGCAUCGCCGAUGACCCUGACGAUCAGACUAGUGAAUCUGUUCUGGUGAUUAAGGGUCCUCAGGGAAGAAUUAACAGAGCUGUUUGGGGACCUCUUAACCAGACAAUCAUCAGUGGUGGAGAAGAUACCAUCAUUCGCAUUUGGGAUUCUGAGACAGGAAAACUGCUGAAUGAGUCUGACAAGGAAGUCAGCCACAAAAAGAACAUUACAUCGCUCGCAAAAUCUGUCGAUGGUUCGCACUUCCUUACUGGUUCACAUGAUAAAUCUGCCAAGCUUUGGGAUACGAGAACUUUGACUCUUAUCAAGACCUACACUACCGAGCGCCCAGUUAAUGCAGUUGCUAUGUCUCCAUUACUUGAUCAUGUGGUGCUUGGAGGUGGUCAGGAUGCAUCAUCUGUUACCACAACUGAUCAUCGUGCCGGAAAGUUUGAGGCUAAGUUCUUUGACAAGAUUCUUCAAGAGGAGAUUGGAGGUGUAAAGGGGCAUUUUGGACCAAUAAAUGCUUUGGCUUUUAACCCUGAUGGUAAAAGCUUCUCUAGUGGAGGUGAAGAUGGUUAUGUACGUUUACAUCAUUUUGAUCCGGAUUACUUCAACAUCAAGAUUUAGAUUUAGAUUUGGACGUUCUAUUAUCUGCCAACCAGACGAAUUUCCGAUAUAGUUACUUCUGCGUUGUGAUCCUUCUGAUCAAACCAUGCCUUAUCCAUUCUUAUUGGAAGUGAAACAGUUUUGUAGAAUAUUUAUGCAGAUUGUCAUUCUUUUAGUUCUCUCUUUUGCAAGAA